UUUUCAGAAGAAAAAAUAAAGAGGGAAUGGGAGGAGGAAUUCCGGCAGUAGCAAGAGGCUGAAGCCGCCGUUUCUCUCAAGCCCUCUCGUAGUCUCGUUCGGUCGUUCCUUCCCUCCUCUCUGGGUUUCUUCCUUCUUCACCUCUCGAGAGACCGAUAAAUUUUUUCCGGGUCAAUUCCCUUCGAUUUUCCCGACAGGCCCACAGAUUCUGAGGGAGAGAGAGAGAGAGAUGAAAGCUUAAGGGUGGAAGGGUUUUCUGUGAGUGGAAAAUUUCUCCGAGCCUAAUUCCCUGUUGGAUGAGAUCAUGUUUGGAUGACGAAAGGCACUUGACUUGCUCUUACAAUGAGUAGAAGAAGAGAUGAGGCUUUCAGGCGUCAAAGAGUGGAGAAUUUUCGGGGUGAGGGGCCAAACUGGAUCCUGAUUGCAGGCGGUGCGCUGUUGAGCACAUUGUCCAUUCGCUUUGGCUACAAGUUAAAACAGUCUCUUGACUCAAAACAACAAGCAAAUGCAACUGGUGGAUUGAAAGUCAAUGGAACAUGUGACAGAAGAUCAUCUUGCUGCUGCUUGCAUGCCAAUGUGUCUUCCUGCUCACAGAAUGAUGAUUGUUACUUGCACUGCAUCCCAGGAACUGAGAGUGCACAUGGAAAGCAUGAGCCAAAGGAGCAAAUGGCUUCUGCAUCCAUUUCUCCCCUUCCUCUGGUUACAGUUCCCGCUCAAGAAUUCAGCAAAGAGAAUGGCGUCAUGUGGGCAUCUUCUCCCAAUCGCCUUGAACAGCCCCCAAAGCCAUCUAAUCAUCAUCAUCAUUCAACCUGUUCAGACUCUCCUAGUGUAUCUGAAUCCGGCUCAGACAUCUUCAGCAAGCGAGAAGUGAUACAGAAACUGAGGCAACAACUGAAGAGACGGGAUGAUAUGAUUCUGGAUAUGCAGGACCAGAUUCUGGAGUUGCAGAAUUCGCUUAACGCCCAAAUGGCGCACUCUAGCCAUCUGCAGGCACAGCUAGAUGCAACUAACAGAGAUCUAUUUGAUUCAGAAAGAGAACUACAGAGGCUGAGAAAGGUAAUUGCAGAUCAUUGCACGGGACACACUAAUGGGUUUGGUCAUACAAACGGGUUUAUGGAUGGAGAAUUCAACCACGAGUCACCAGAGAAGGGCUUAGGGGACAGGGAAAGGGUCGAGAUGUUGAGACGGGAAGUGGGAGAUUUGAAAGAAGUGAUAGAAGGGAAGGAGUAUCUACUUAACAGCUAUAAGGAACAGAAGGCAGAGCUGUCUUUGAAGAUUAAAGAGCUGCAGCAGAGAUUGGAUUCGCAGCUUCCGAACAUAUUGUAGGUAAGAGUUAGGCAUUGUGCAUUCUUUCAUGCUCUCUUGUUUUUUUUUCCCGAGAAAAUGAAUCUAAUGUCCUGAUAUCUUUCAAGCCGCAUCUCUGUCUUUCAAGCCGCAUCUCUGUCUUUAGUUCUUCAGGCUUCGGUUUCUUGAAUGUUUGGUUGCUGUUUCUAUGUCUUUGGGUCUUUGGAUGUUGGUGGUGUAAAGGAAAGAGCUGAUGAUGAUGAUGAUGAUGCCAAGGCAUAACAUAGGA